GCGGAUUAAUGAAUGGACGAAACUGUGUGGAAACCCAGUGGAUCUCGGUAGUGAACGUGAGGAACGCGAGUAUAGUAGCCUAAUACACAAAAGGCAAUUUGGUGAAAUUUUGAAACCAACGCGUGUUUUGUAAAAAGCUUUCAGGUCCCUAUCGGAUCAUUAGGGAGGGAUCUUUCUCAGUGGAAACCCCUGGAGUCCAUUGCCAUGUGACCAAUGGAGUGUGAGGAAUCAGUCCAAUUGGACUGGGUAUCACACUGACGGGCUACAGCCUUCUACACCAAUCUGAGAUGCAAAGGUUGUCACCUGAAGUGAGAUGCCAGCAUUACGUGUAUGUGCACAAAUGAACCUGUGCUAGAAGAGGCCAGACUUCGGCGCCAUGAGGGGUCGUCACGGAUGUACAGGGCUGGAGGCUCUGUCCUCUACUUAAGUGACCAGAGGAAGGCGCAACGAGGUGGCCGUCCUCUCUGUUCUCAAUUUACUGAUCACGCCAGGGGGGUCUGGUGGACCCUCCUCUUGUCCCCUUUCUGGAAGAGCAAUGGGGUGUGGUGGCAGCAGGACAGACGCCCUGGAGCCCAGGCACCUGGAGAGCUGGACGAAGGAGACUGAGUCCACCUGGCUGACCAGCACUGACACAGACAUGCCCCUGUCCUCCAUUCAGAACAUCCCCUCGGAGAACUCCUCUGAUCUGGGCUUUGCCUCAGAGAAAAACGUCAGCUCCGUUGCAGACUUUUUCGACGAUGGCUUCCCGGGCCCAGCACAGGCCUAUCUGAAGGUGUGCUCAGCCAUGUCUGAGACGGGCCUGAGUGAAGUAAAGGCGGACAGCAACACCUCAGUACCGGCCUCCGAACAGCAGGAGGUGCUGCCUUUGCCUGGCACUACAUUACAGAGGAGGAGUGUCAUGCAUACAGAGGAAAUAACCAAAUGGCAGGACAACCGCAUGUCCACCAAGCAGGUGACUAUCACUGUGACGCAGAGCAUCCGGCAGGUGGACAAGAGUGGCCGGACGAAAGAGAAGUCUGGAACCACCUUUGAGCUUGUGAGGCCAAACGAGGGGUUGAAGGAGGCGGUGGGCGAAGAAGUCCUGAAGUGAGUGACACCAUGUGAGAUGCAUCUGCGUGAGGAUGUGUCUACGGGAGGCUACGUCUGCGGGAGAAUGCGUCUGCAGGAGGAUGACCGCUCAAGGCUGAAUGGUCCCAAAGACAGGAACAGAGAGAAAGACAGCAAGAGAACGAGGCCCUAACAGGAUGUAAAGUAUCUAAGUAACCAUCCUGAGAGCACAGGAUGAAACCCCUGUGUUAGCUCCACUUGUUUGACUCAUGGAAAAGUCAGUAAACUGCUGGGUUUGUACUGGCCUUUCUCUACCUCAAACAAGUUGCACAUCCUUGAUUAUUUUGUCUUGUCCAUUUUCUUGCCGUGAGUGAGCUGGAGACUUUGU